AUGGAGGAGGAAUUGCAGGAGCUCCAGGCGUUGGUGGCCCAGCUGCGGACUGAUAAUGAGCAGUUGCGACAGGGGCCACCAGCUGUGCGGCCAGCUCAUAGUGCUGAUCCACCUGUUGAUGCGACUCCUCCAGCACUCUUUGGCCAGCAUGGCUCCGCUCUCUUCGAGCUACCGGCUGUGUCACAGGCUCCUUCAUUUAUUACACAGGCACUGCAACACUGUCAUCAGGCCGACAUUAAGCCUGUCGUAACUGUUAGGGGUCAAGUCAGGGUACGAGGUCGCCAUGUGAAUCGUAUUCCCGGGGGGACAUUAAAGCUGGUAGCUGCUACCUGUUCAACCCAGUAUUCCAGUGGGGCAGUCUUAUUUGAACCACCAGAGGUAGGUCUCCCAGCAGGUUUGUUAGCAUCCCCUGCCUUGGUGAGAGUGGUCCAAGGAACGGUAUAUAUACCGGUAGUAAAUGUCGGUACAACGGAUAUCGUUCUGUAUCCACGAGUUACUAUUGGUGCGUUAAGAUGCGUGGAUGUGGUGAGUUUGCCUUCUGAGGUUAGCGAAGUUCAGCCGGUGGCAGUGUCAGCAAGCGUACAGGCGGCUCGAGUUACUCCAGUGCGGGAUCAGAUUGAUUCCCUUGAUCUGUCUGUACUGCCAAUGGCAGACCAGGUUAAAGUUCGGGCUUUGCUGUUAAACUAUGAGUCUGUGUUUUCCACAUAUGAGGGGGACCUUGGGUGCACAGGCCUGAUUUCUCACGACAUACCCCUUGUAGACCAUACUCCCAUUAGGCAGCGACAUCGGCGGAUACCUCCGUCCGAGUACGAGGUAGUGAAAGCGCACAUAAAUCAGCUCCUUGAGGCACAAAUAAUUAGGGAGAGCAGUAGUCCCUAUGCAUCACCUAUCGUGCUCGUGAGAAAGAAGGAUGGUAGUCUGCGCUUGUGUGUAGACUACCGCCGUCUGAAUGCGAGCACAAGGAAGGAUGCUUUUCCAUUACCUCGUAUCGAGGAGACCUUGGACUCACUGACGGGUGCCCAAUGGUUUUCUACCAUGGACCUCGCCAGUGGGUACAACCAGGUACCUGUUACGGAGGGGGAUAGACACAAAACGGCCUUCUGUACUCCAUUUGGCUUGUUUGAAUGGAACAGGAUGCCCUUUGGGCUGUGUAACGCUCCUAGCACCUUCCAGCGUUUGAUGCAAAGACUGUUUGGUGAUCAACAGGGAGAGUCCCUCCUUUUGUACCUCGAUGAUAUAGUUGUGUUUUCGGCCUCAGUAGAUCAACAUCUCUCUCGGAUGGAGGUGGUCCUGAAUCGCCUUCAGAGGGAGGGAUUAAAAGCUAAAUUGGGGAAAUCAUUUUUCCAGAGGAAGGGAAAGUAUUUGGGUCAUGUGGUCUCGUCUGAAGGGGUCGCUACAGACCCAAGUAAGGUUGAGGCAGUGACCCAGUGGCGUUGUCCCACUACUGCUGGUGAGGUGCGUUCCUUCCUGGGAUUUGCCAGCUACUACCGUCGGUUUGUGGAGGGGUUUGCAAAAGUAGCUGCCCCGUUACAUGGGCUAGUAGCAAGGCUGACCAAUCCAAAACGUCGGAGGUGUUCGGAGCAGGACUUUGUCGAUGCCUGGUCUAUACAGUGUCAACAGAGCUUUGAGGAGUUGAAGCAGCGACUGUCUGUGGCCCCGGUGCUGGCCUAUGCCGAUUUCUCCUUGCCUUUUGUCCUGGAGUUGAUGCCAGCUAUGGGGGGUUUGGGGGCAGUACUGUCCCAGGAGCAGGGAGGAAAGGUACGACGAGCAUAUGCUAGUCGUGGUCUUCGGCCCACUGAGCGCCGUAUGGACAAUUACAGCUCUAUGAAACUGGAGUUUCUGGCCCUCAAGUGGGCCAUGACGGAAAAAUUUAGGGAGUACCUGUUGGGCCAUAAAUGUCUGGUUUUUACAGACAACAACCCUCUCAGUCAUGUUCUUACAGCCAAACUGGGUGCCACCGAACAGCGUUGGGCUGCUCAGUUGGCUGCUUUCGAUUUCGAGAUUAGGUAUAGGUCCGGUCUCUGUAAUAGAAAUGCGGAUGCCUUGUCUAGACAGAAUCCACUUACAAGGGAGGACAUUCAAAGUCUAGUGCCGGGGCAGGCUAUCCCCCGAAAGGAUGCUCAAUUAGCCCAUGGGGGACCGGUGGCCCAGGUGAGCCAGGUAACAGUGUUCCCAGGUCCACCCUUUGUAGAUAUGUGCUCAGGUCAGAGGGCCGAUCUACAUAUUGCAGAACUGUUAAGGUUCUGGCGACGACAGGCACUCCCAACACCGGAGGAGCGCAAGCAGUUGCCAAAACCAGUGGUCACGAUGCUUCGGCAGUGGGACCGAUUGCUGGAGCGGGAUGGUGUAAUGUACCGUCUGGUGAGGCGCCCAGACGGUGGGGAAGAAACACUGCAGGUUUUAUUGCCUAUGGCUAUGAAGGAGGAAGUUUUGACACAGUUACAUCAGCAGCACGGACAUCAGGAUGUGGAACGGACGACUCAGCUGGUGCGACAACGGUGCUAUUGGCCAGACAUGUCUUCUGAGAUUGCACGUUGGUGCCAAUGUGAGAGGUGCCAGCAUGCGAAGGGCCUUCCCUCGACACACAGUAGUUUCAUGGGGCACUUGAUGGCUUCCCGGCCGAAUGAAGUUCUGGCCAUCGAUUUUACAGUUCUGGAGCCUUCCCAGUCUGGUAUUGAGAACGUUAUGGUAAUGACUGAUGUAUUCUCUAAAUAUACGUGGGGUGUGGCUACCAGAGAUCAGCGGGCAGAGACGGUGGCACAGGUUCUGGUAUCUGAAUGGUUUUGCCGACUCGGUGUUCCGAGUCGUAUCCAUUCAGAUCAGGGUCGGAACUUUGAGGCCACCCUUAUCCAACAGCUUUGCCGCUUUUAUGGUGUUGAGAAGUCUCGCACUACUCCGUACCAUCCGGCUGGUAACGGACAGUGCGAGCGGUUUAAUAGGACCUUGCACGAUUUGUUGCGUUCUCUGCCCGACUCUCAGAAGGGCGACUGGCCGCUCUGUCUUCCCCAGGUGUUUUUUUCAUAUAAUAGUACCCCCCAUCAGAGUACUGGAGAAUCCCCGCACUUUUUGAGUGGCCAGGAACCUCGGCUCCCAGUGGAUUUCCUGCUUGGGAGAGUCCAGGAGCCGGAGGCCGGCUGUGUGCAGAGGUGGGUAUUAGAACAUCAGAAUAGGCUCAAAGUAGCUUUUGAGGCGGGGGUGCGAGAGCAGCUACGGACUGCGGCGGACCGCCGCAAGGCCCGCCAUGAUGGACAGGUCCGGGAGGAACCCUUACGGGAGGUAUAUCAGAUUGUAAGAGCAGGUGAGCAGGUAUAUUCUAUUGCGCCAGUGGACAAUCUGGGCAAACCACCCACUGAGGAAGAAGAGGAGAAUGGAGAUUGGUUUGUAGUGGUGCCUGAGACCCCUCAGGAGGGGCAGAGGUCAGUACCACCAGUUGAGACCCCACCAGGAGUUGCCGGAGGGGACCAAACUUUUGCAGAUGGUCUUCAAGAGGAGGCAGAUUAUACAGAGGUUAUAGUACCCGCCCCAGGUAAUGUGAUGGUGGGAGUAGGGUCACCAGAGCUUACUCCUCUCGAGGAGGAUACGGGGACCAGGGUUAAAGUUCGGGCUUUGCUGUUAAACUAUGAGUCUGUGUUUUCCACAUAUGAGGGGGACCUUGGGUGCACAGGCCUCAUUUCUCACGACAUACCCCUUGUAGACCAUACUCCCAUUAGGCAGCGACAUCGGCGGAUACCUCCGUCCGAGUACGAGGUAGUGAAAGCGCACAUAAAUCAGCUCCUUGAGGCACAAAUAAUUAGGGAGAGCAGUAGUCCCUAUGCAUCACCUAUCGUGCUCGUGAGAAAGAAGGAUGGUAGUCUGCGCUUGUGUGUAGACUACCGCCGUCUGAAUGCGAGCACAAGGAAGGAUGCUUUUCCAUUACCUCGUAUCGAGGAGACCUUGGACUCACUGACGGGUGCCCAAUGGUUUUCUACCAUGGACCUCGCCAGUGGGUACAACCAGGUACCUGUUACGGAGGGGGAUAGAUACAAAACGGCCUUCUGUACUCCAUUUGGCUUGUUUGAAUGGAACAGGAUGCCCUUUGGGCUGUGUAACGCUCCUAGCACCUUCCAGUGUUUGAUGCAAAGACUGUUUGGUGAUCAACAGGGAGAGUCCCUCCUUUUGUACCUCGAUGAUAUAGUUGUGUUUUCGGCCUCAGUAGAUCAACAUCUCUCUCGGAUGGAGGUGGUCCUGAAUCGCCUUCAGAGGGAGGGAUUAAAAGCUAAAUUGGGGAAAUGUUCAUUUUUCCAGAGGAAGGUAAAGUAUUUGGGUCAUGUGGUCUCGUCUGAAGGGGUCGCUACAGACCCAAGUAAGGUUGAGGCAGUGACCCAGUGGCGUUGUCCCACUACUGCUGGUGAGGUGCGUUCCUUCCUGGGAUUUGCCAGCUACUACCGUCGGUUUGUGGAGGGGUUUGCAAAAGUAGCUGCCCCGUUACAUGGGCUAGUAGGAAGGCUGACCAAUCCAAAACGUCGGAGGUGUUCGGAGCAGGAAUUUGCCGAUGCCUGGUCUAUACAGUGUCAACAGAGCUUUGAGGAGUUGAAGCAGCGACUGUCUGUGGCCCCGGUGCUGGCCUAUGCCGAUUUCUCCUUGCCUUUUGUCCUGGAGGUUGAUGCCAGCUAUGGGGGUUUGGGGGCAGUACUGUCCCAGGAGCAGGGAGGAAAGGUACGACCGAUAGCAUAUGCUAGUCGUGGUCUUCGGCCCACUGAGCGCCGUAUGGACAAUUAUAGCUCUAUGAAACUGGAGUUUCUGGCGCUCAAGUGGGCCAUGACGGAAAAAUUUAGGGAGUACCUGUUGGGCCAUAAAUGUCUGGUUUUUACAGACAACAACCCUCUCAGUCAUGUUCUUACAGCCAAACUGGGUGCCACCGAACAGCGUUGGGCUGCUCAGUUGGCUGCUUUCGAUUUCGAGAUUAGGUAUAGGUCCGGUCGCUGUAAUAGAAAUGCGGAUGCCUUGUCUAGACAGAAUCCACUUACAAGGGAGGACAUUCAAAGUCUAGUGCCGGGGCAGGCUAUCCCUGAAAGGAUAGCUCAAUUAGCCCAUGGGGGACCGGUGGCCCAGGUGAGCCAGGUAACAGUGUUCCCAGGUCCACCCUUUGUAGAUAUGUGCUCAGGUCAGAGGGCCGAUCUACAUAUUGCAGAACUGUUAAGGUUCUGGCGACGACAGGCACUCCCAACACCGGAGGAGCGCAAGCAGUUGCCAAAACCAGUGGUCACGAUGCUUCGGCAGUGGGACCGAUUGCUGGAGCGGGAUGGUGUAAUGUACCGUCUGGUGAGGCGCCCAGACGGUGGGGAAGAAACACUGCAGGUUUUAUUGCCUAUGGCUAUGAAGGAGGAAGUUUUGACACAGUUACAUCAGCAGCACGGACAUCAGGGUGUGGAACGGAUGACUCAGCUGGUGCGACAACGGUGCUAUUGGCCAGACAUGUCUUCUGAGAUUGCACGUUGGUGCCAGCAAUGUGAGAGGUGCCAGCAUGCGAAGGGCCUUCCCUCGACACACAGUAGUUUCAUGGGGCACUUGAUGGCUUCCCGGCCGAAUGAAGUUCUGGCCAUCGAUUUUACAGUUCUGGAGCCUUCCCAGUCUGGUAUUAAGAACGGUAUGGUAAUGACUGAUGUAUUCUCUAAAUAUACGUGGGGUGUGGCUACCAGAGAUCAGCGGGCAGAGACGGUGGCACAGGUUCUGGUAUCUGAAUGGUUUUGCCGACUCGGUGUUCCGAGUCGUAUCCAUUCAGAUCAGGGUCGGAACUUUGAGGCCACCCUUAUCCAACAGCUUUGCCGCUUUUAUGGUGUUGAGAAGUCUCGCACUACUCCGUACCAUCCGGCUGGUAACGGACAGUGCGAGCGGUUUAAUAGGACCUUGCACGAUUUGUUGCGUUCUCUGCCCGACUCUCAGAAGGGCGACUGGCCGCUCUGUCUUCCCCAGGUGUUAUUUUCAUAUAAUAGUACCCCCCAUCAGAGUACUGGAGAAUCCCCGCACUUUUUGAUGUUUGGCCAGGAACCUCGGCUCCCAGUGGAUUUCCUGCUUGGGAGAGUCCAGGAGCCGGAGGCCGGCUGUGUGCAGAGGUGGGUAUUAGAACAUCAGAAUAGGCUCAAAGUAGCUUUUGAGGGGGUGCGAGAGCAGCUAAGGACUGCGGCGGACCGCCGCAAGGCCCGUCAUGAUGGACAGGUCCGGGAGGAACCCUUACGGGAGGGUCAGUUGGUGCUCCUUCGAGCUUUUAAUGUGAGAGGUAGACAUAAGAUACACGAUCUCUGGGGCCAAUUAGUAUAUCAGAUUGUAAGAGCAGGUGAGCAGGUAUAUUCUAUUGUGCCAGUGGACAAUCUGGGCAAAGUGAGACAAGUACAUCGCUCUGCAAUAAAGCCAUGGGUUGGUAAAAGUCCUUUGGUUGACCCCCUUAAGUGUAGUAUGUUGGAGCCAAUAGCACCCACUGAGGAAGAAGAGGAGACUGGAGAUUGGUUUGUAGUGGUGCCUGAGACCCCUCAGGAGGGGCAGAGGUCAGUACCACCAGUUGAGACCCCAUCAGGAGUUGCCGGAGGGGACCAAACUUUUGCAGAUGGUCUUCAAGAGGAGGCAGAGUAUACAGAGGUUAUAGUACCCGCCCCAGGUAAUGUGAUGGUGGGAGUAGGGUCACCAGAGCUUACUCCUCUCGAGGAGGAUACGGGGGUAAGGUGUACAAGGAGGUUGAUGGCAGGGUACCAUUCAAAUCCACAUCACCUCCCUCGCACAAUAGAAAGACCAAGGUAUGAAGUGGGUACAGGCAAUAGUCCGGUAUCUAGUGCUGUGGUUGCCUGGUUUCGACCCUGGCAUUAAAAUCAUAGAUGUA